AUGAGUCUUUCUCUUGUGGUGACCCAGAUUGGUCCCACGACGAGUCUGUUGCGUUCCAAUGAAUCGGACAAUGAAGUGUACCUGUUGGGAACAGCCCAUAUCUCGGAAGCCAGUGCCAAUGAAGCUAUUCAGCUGAUCCAGUUAGUCCAACCCAACAAGGUCUUUGUGGAACUCGAUCCAGUACGAGCGGCUCGCUUGCGCGCCACAGAACAACAACAACAACAACAACAAGGCACGGAAGAAGAUCCCUUGGAACAGGCCAUGAAGGAUGCUGCCCAACAGCUUGCCAAGACAACGGGUGGGGCGUUGCCACCGGCUUUGCCCAAUCCAUAUGGUGGUGGCAAUAAUGAAAGCAACUUUUUUGGAGAUUCCUUCAAAUUAUUUUACAAAAUCCUGCAUGUCAAUGACACGCUACGAGAAAUCAAGGCCGCAUUUUCUCCUGCCUUGCUAAUGAAACUCCUGUCGGCUCCACCAACGUCACCACAACUGCAAGCACUCAUGAUGGACAUUGCCCAGGGUGGAUUGGAGGGAUUGGGAGACGCCACCGAACGGCUCAAAACUAGGGAACACGCACGCAUGAUUUCCUCCUACAUGGACACGACCGCACCCGAGGUGGCCCAUGCCUUGAUUCAUCGACGGGACAUGGCCAUGGCACAGAAUCUACGGAAACACUGUGGACAAGGCAAAGUAGUUGCCGUGGUGGGAUUGGCACAUGUGGAUGGAAUUGAAAAAGAAUGGGAAAAGUUGUCUUCUUCUACUGGCUCACGAGACAUGAGUAUCUAG